AUGCUGCUGCUCUUUGCUGCGCUUGUCUUCUCUCCCAACCUUCAUCAUGGUGGUUCUGACCCGAUCCCUCAGGCUGACAAAGGUCUCAUCAAAACUCUCCGCAACAUGAAGGACAACACUGAGACGCUGGAAGAGCUGACGGAGCAGGACCACGGCCUGGUGGAGGGCGACAUCGUUCUUCAAAGUGACCGCAACGCAGUAGACAGGAAGUGGACCACCCUGGACAUCCCGUAUGUGAUCAGUCCAGGCUUGGCCGCCCGCACUAACGACAUCGUCGCUGCUUUGGAGAUGAUCUCAGAGAGCACCUGCCUGUCCUUCCACCAGCGCACCACCGAGCACGACUACAUCUUCUUUAGAUCCUCCAAAGGGUGUGCGUCGUACGUGGGCGUCAUCGGCGGCAAGCAGGACUUGCACGUGGGCCGCUUUUGCAAGGUGGGCAACAUCGUCCACGAGGUCCUCCACGCACUGGGCUUCUACCACGAGCACACCCGGCCGGACCGCAAGAACUACAUCACCAUCGUGUCGGAAAACAUCAUGAAAGGGCGGGAACGCAACUUCCAAAUGCAAAUUGGAAAGACCUUCCAGCUUCCGUACGACCUGUUGUCCAUCAUGCACUACGGCAGCAAUUAUUUUUCAGCUAACGGGCGUCCCACCAUCAAAUCCAAAGUGAAGGAGGGCAGAAUGGGUCAGCGGAUCAAGAUGUCGCCCACCGACAUCCAAAGAGUUCGCCUUCUCUACAAAUGUGACUCCACGCGCUCUCAAAAUAAAACCGGUGAAGCGGAGCAGACAGCGGGCGGGGUGUCGUGGCGCGCUCUCGUGGAAAACUGGAGAACCGCACCUGCGCCGGCACGUGACGUCAGCCUUGGUGCGGUGGCGUAG